AUGAAUACGGCCCUGACCCGGGUGGGGCCCGCGGCCGAGAGGCCCGCGCCGCCCGAGGAGGUGGAGGGCUCCGAGACCGGCGGGAAGGAGCCGGCGGCGGACGCGGCCCCGGGGCCCAGCACGGCGUUCCGCCUCCUGGUGACUCGGCGCGAGCCCGCGGUGAGGCUGCAGUACGCGGUGAGCGGCCUGGAGCCGCUGGCGUGGUCCGAGGACCACCGCGUGUCGGUGUCCACCGCCCGCAGCAUCGCCGUGCUGGAACUCAUCUGCGACGUGCACAACCCGGGCCAGGACCUGGUUAUCCACCGCACGUCGGUGCCCGCGCCUCUCCACAGCUGCUUCCUCAAAGUUGGCUCGAAAAGGGAGGUUGCCGAGUGCAAACAGAGGUUUGCCACCUCUGAAGACCCCACAGUCAGUCAGACUUUCAUGUUGGACAGGGUGUUCAACCCUGAGGGGAAGGCUCUGCCACCGCUGAGAGGGUUCAAGUACACUAGCUGGUCCCCCGUGGGCUGUGACGCUAACGGCAGGUGCCUGCUGGCCGCACUGACCAUGGACAAUCGCCUGACCAUCCAGGCUAACCUCAACAGACUGCAGUGGGUCCAGCUGGUGGACCUGACGGAGAUUUACGGAGAGCGUCUCUAUGAGACCAGCUACAGGUUCUCCAGAAAUGAGGCCCCAGAGGGCAGUCUCAGGGACUUCGCCGAGUUUCAGAGGCGACACAGCAUGCAGGCGCCGGUGCGGAUGGAGUGGUCGGGCAUCUGCACCACCCAGCAGGUCAAGCACAACAACGAGUGCCGCGACGUGGGCAGCGUGCUCCUGGCGGUCCUCUUCGAGAACGGGAACAUUGCCGUGUGGCAGUUCCAGCUCCCGUUCGCGGGGAAGGAGUCCAUCUCUUCAUGCAACACCAUCGAGUCAGGAAUCAGCUCUCCUAGCGUCUUGUUUUGGUGGGAAUACGAGCACAACAAUCGGAAAAUGAGCGGCCUUAUUGUGGGGAGUGCUUUCGGGCCUGUGAAAAUCCUUCCUGUCAAUCUUAAAGCAGUCAAAGGCUAUUUCACCUUAAGGCAGCCUGUCGUCUUGUGGAAAGAAAUGGACCAGUUGCCAGUCCACAGCAUCAAGUGCGUGCCACUGUAUCACCCUUACCAGAAGUGCAGCUGUAGCUUGGUGGUAGCCGCACGAGGAUCCUAUGUGUUUUGGUGUCUUCUCCUGAUCUCCAAAGCAGGUCUGAAUGUUCACAACUCUCACGUCACAGGCCUGCACUCCCUGCCCAUCGUCUCCAUGACUGCCGACAAGCAGAAUGGGACGGUGUAUACUUGCUCCAGUGACGGCAAGGUGAGGCAGCUGAUCCCCAUUUUCACAGAUGUGGCGUUGAAGUUUGAGCACCAGUUGAUUAAACUCUCUGAUGUGUUUGGCUCUGUGAGGACACACGGGAUAGCCGUGAGCCCCUGCGGCGCAUACCUGGCGGUCAUCACCACUGAGGGCAUGGUCAACGGCCUCCAUCCUGUUAACAAAAAUUACCAGGUUCAGUUCGUUACUCUCAAAACCUUUGAAGAGGCAGCUGCUCAGCUUCUGGAGUCUUCUGUCCAGAAUCUCUUUAAGCAGGUAGAUUUAAUAGACCUAGUACGCUGGAAGAUUUUAAAGGAUAAGCAUAUCCCUCAAUUUUUACAUGAAGCUUUGGAAAAAAAGAUUGAAAGCAGUGGGGCCACCUAUUACUGGCGUUUCAAACUCUUCCUCCUGAGGAUUUUAUACCAGUCGAUGCAGAAAACCCCUUCAGAAGCCUUAUGCAAACCCACCCACGAGGACUCAAAAAUCUUACUAGUUGACUCACCUGGGAUGGGCAAUGCUGAGGAUGAACAGCAGGAGGAAGGCACCUCUUCCAAACAGAUUAGUAAGCAAGGCAAAGACGGUGAUCCAGAGGACCCCACAGAGGACUCAGUCCCUCAAUCUGGGGAUACUGGAGGCCGAGAGCCAAUGGAAGAGAAACUCCUUGAAAUCCAGGGGAAAAUUGAAGCAGUGGAAAUGCACUUGACGAGGGAGCACAUGAAGCGAGUCCUGGGCGAAGUGUACCUGCACACCUGGAUCACAGAAAACACGAGCAUCCCCACCAGGGGACUCUGUAACUUCCUGAUGUCUGAUGAGGAGUAUGAUGACAGAACCGCACGGGUGCUGAUUGGACACAUCUCAAAGAAGAUGAACAAGCAGACCUUCCCUGAGCACUGUAGUUUGUGUAAGGAGAUCUUGCCGUUCACAGAUCGCAAGCAGGCCGUCUGCUCCAAUGGCCACAUUUGGCUCCGGUGCUUUUUAACCUACCAGUCCUGCCAGAGUCUGAUAUACAGAAGGUGUUUGCUCCAUGACAGCAUCGCUCGCCAUCCAAUUCCAGAAGACCCUGACUGGAUCAAGAGGUUACUGCAGAGCCCCUGCCCUUUCUGCGACUCUCCUGUCUUCUGAGUGUCCACGGUGGGAAGACAGAGAGUGUCAUCUAGCCUGAAGCACUGGGACGCGCUGGCGCAGGCCUGGCCUCCACAAGUGGAAAGGUGCCCUUGUGACGGUCGGUAAGCCUGGGAACUCCCUGCUGAAGUGCGUGCUCCAUCUCCAGGGACUACAGGAUAUCUGUAAAGGGACUGUGUGUGGAGAUCUUAAGUCAUUUUGAGAUGAACGUUAGCCCCCACUCCUACCACUUAUUUUUCAAGUGCUGAAGUAUCUUGACUGAAGCAGUUUGAACACAAUGGAUGCCCUGUUGUUUCUCAACAGAGUGACCUCUUCUAGGGAGUGUGGGUAAGGGCCUCGCUAGGCUGAAUUAGGCUUUAAUCCUGGCCCAGGUCUGGAACUGUCUCGUGGCUUCAAGAGGCUUUAGUUACCGGGCACACGGCACAUGGUGUCUAGCAGAUACUCAACUGUCUAAAACAGUAUGUGGGCCUGAUAUUUUGUUCUCAACAAAUAGCUUCAGAUCUGCAUCCCGCCAGUUUUUUUUUCGUGCGUAUUGAAACCAUUUUCUUAAAACUAUAUAUUUUUAAGAGGUUAAAGCCAAGACUAAAGUUAGUUUUAAUGUGUCGGAAGAUCAGGUGACUCUCGUAAUCGUGACUUGUUUUUUAACGAUCUCUCCCAUGUCGUCAGUUCUGCCCCAACUCCUCCAUGUGUAUGAGGGUGUCAUAGUAUUCCUGUUAACCUGUGUCAUACCUCUCUUCAGACUUAACUGUGAUGACCAGGUGAGAUGUUUGUACAUAGAGGAAAAAGAAUAUUCUCUCCUUUAUUUUCUCCUAGUAUUAAAACCCUUACUAUUUUUCUUGUUGACAUGUUCAGAUGUCUCAUUUCUAUCCCAAGUCUGUCUAGAGACUUCUAGAGAGCGCUGGACAGCUCAGAAUGUGGACCCUUGAGCCUUGGUGCUAUGGUGUAUGUGGCUGGGUCAACCAGAGCCUGGGAAUGCCUUCUCUCUGCAAAGAUCCUUGGUAUUUAUAACACAGGUAUUUUUCUGUGGGCUGUUAAGAGAUGUUAGACGUUAAUUGGUCUUAAAACCCAAAAUCAAAAAUAGACAUUCUAGAACUACAGUGUUCUUGGAUUUUUAAAUAAGUAUCUGAGGGAUUGGUGCUAAUUAUUAACAGGACUAUAAUGCCCGCACCUUGAGAAGGUGCCUGUUUCUGAGAAGUUGAAUAGGAAAUACAAAAUGUGAAAUUUAACUGAUACAAACACUUCUUCAUGCUUUUAUUUUUGUGUCCUUAGUGAAAGACUUUUGCCCUCACUGAGUAGUUGUUUUUUUCAGUCUCUCAGUCACGUCUGACUCUUUGCGACCCCACAGACUGCAGCCCGCCAGGCUCCUCUGUCCUCCACUGUCUCCCAGAGGUGACUUGCUGAGAAACUCUUAUUCUUUGGAGAGCGUGUAACGCAAGCACUGCUCCCUCCUAUAGUGUCUGCCUCCUAGUAUCUUCCCCCUCUGUCCAUACAUGUUGGAGACGGGCCUUUGUGAGGCGCUUCCAAACAGUCUGCUUGGAAAUGUCUUUUGUUUCCCAUUCAAAUUUU